AUGCACAGUGCACGUGGUUCAACGCUGAUGAUCAGCAACGUUGCACCCAACACGCAGGCCCGCGCCGUCCGCGUUGCUGCCGGCCGUGACCUCUGGCUGCCCGGUGGCGAUGCCCCUGCCCUGCCCGGUGACUUUGGCUUCGACCCCCUGGGCCUGGGCGCCAACGCCACCAGCCUCAGGUGGUUUGCCGAGGCCGAGCGCGUCCACGCCCGCUGGGCGAUGCUGGGUGUUGCCGGCAUCCUGGCCCAGGAGAUCGUGCGCCCCGAGCAGUUCUGGUACAACCAGAACGAGAUCGUGACCCCGGAGCGCGCCUUUGGCCUGGUGGCCAUUGAGCUGUGGGCCAUGCACUUUGUGGAGCUCAAGCGGUGGCAGGACUUCUACAACCCGGGCAGCGUCGACACCGACCCCCUGUUCCCCCAGAACAAGCUGCCCGCCCACGAGGUCGGCUACCCCGGCGGCAUCUUCGCGCCCUUUGUGCCCGGGAACCUUGACGAGCUCAAGGUGAAGGAGAUCAAGAACGGCCGCCUGGCCAUGCUCGCGUUCGUGGGCUUCACCAUGGCCGCGCAGACCACCGGCAAGAACCCCCUGGCGGCGCUGUCGGAGCACCUGGCGGACCCCCUGGGCACCACCAUGUUCUCCAAGGCCGUCGUCAUCCCCGGCCAGGCCGUCGCGCCCCCCUGCGCCAUCGCCCCCAGCGUGGACUUUGGCGGCAUCACCAUCCCCACCCCCUGCUUCCUCCAGGCCCUCUGGCCCUGA